AUGUCCAAAUACAUGACCAAGGCAGCGGCACAGCAAUCACUCAGUACAUGGAACGACUUUGUCGACGUUCUCAAGGUUAACUACAGGACCCUCAACCCAGACAAGGAUGCGCAACAACAUUUGAAGGAAAUCUGCACAAAGACCUACCCAACUAUGGUUUCCUUCACAGAAAAGUUCCACCAAUGGGCCACCAAGACUAACUUAGGGCACACUGCACUCAUCGGUUACAUCACUGAACAUCGUGACAAGGACGUGCACCAAGCAAUGGUGACACGAGACAGUCUAGGAAUCGCUGACCCCACCACAUGGCCAGAAUACCUCGACUUAUACCCCAACGCAAUGGAUGUGGAUCGAGUAUUCACCCUCACCAAGGAGCAAGAAGGAUGGCUGGAAAAGAAGCUGUGCCAAUGCCCAGACCCCAAGUAUAAAGGCAAAUUCGAAAUGCCAAAACGGGGACAAGCAACAAGGGCAAUAUCAACAACGGCAUCAUCAACAAGCUUCGACGACAGCAAGGCGAGAGAGGAAGCAGCCCAUGCUUUCAUCACCAGCUACAACGUGAAGGGAAAGGAAAGAGAGGCAGAACUGGAGCCAGCUGUCAAAGCAGCUAGGAUCACGGAGGUGAAAGAUGAUGAGGAUUUUCUUCGGCGGGUUCUCUGA